GCGGCCUCCGGAGGCUUUAUCAGGAAGGCUGCCGGCUGGCCUGGUGGUUUGUGCUCCUCAGUUGGUUCCCGGGGCUUUCGUUGUCGCCACGGGCAAGCGCCGCUCACACCAUGGCUCGGGUCCCGACUGCGCCACAGCCUCUCGGAAGACGUGGGCCCUCGGAGCCUCUUUAGUGCCGGUGCUCGGGCCGCAGGCAGCUCCGCGGCGGCGGAACAGGACCUCUGGAAUGGAUGGACUUGUUCUGGGCAGCUUUGCUAACUUGCAGCAGCUGGACGAUGUUCCUCGUUAAUAUCUGUCUGUCAGCGUAAUCGUCACACCAUUUCACGCUGGUAAGCCUUGUAAACAAGCCACAAAGCUGUGUGUGCCUGUCAGAAGAACGGUAUUGGAGCUAUUCUUUGAUGUUCACUCUCUUGAGCCUAGUGGGCCUCUAGGCAAGAUGUCCCUGCCCAUCGGGAUGUACCGCCGGGCAUUCAGCUAUGAUGAUGCCCUUGAGGACCCUACACCCAUGACUCCUCCUCCAUCGGACAUGGGCAGCAUCCCCUGGAAGCCAGUGAUUCCAGAGCGCAAGUAUCAGGACCUCGCCAAGGUGGAGGAAGGAGAGGCCAGUGUCUCCUCCCCUGCCGUGGCCCUGUCAUCGGCCACUGACGGUGUGGACAAGGUCCCUGUGGUGAAGGCCAAAGCUACACGCGUCAUCAUGAAUUCUUUGAUCACAAAACAGACCCAGGAGAGCAUUCAGCGUUUUGAGCAACAGGCAGGGCUGACAGAUGCUGGCUACACACCCCACAAGGGCCUGACCACCGAGGAGAUCAAGUACCUUCGAGUGGCAGAAGCGCUCCACAAACUAAAGCUACAGAGUGGAGAGAUAACAAGAGAAGAGAAGCAGCCGGCUUCAGCCCAAUCCACCCCAGGCAGCACCCCCCACUCUUCCCCUAAGCAGAAGAGCAGAGGCUGGUUCGCUUCUGGUUCUUCCACAGCGUUACCUGGCCCAAAUCUUAGCACCAUGGAUUCUGGAAGUGGGGAUAAAGACAGAAACAUGGCAGACAAAUGGAGCUUCUUUGGACCAAGAUCCCUCCAGAAGUCUGAUUCGGGAGGUUUCGCCACCCAGACCUACAGAGGAGCCCAGAAACCUUCUCCAAUGGACCUGAUCCGUGCGCAGGCCACCCGAAUGGCCGAAGAUCCAGCAACUUUCAAGCCACCCAAGAUGGACAUCCCAGUGAUAGAAGGGAAGAAACAACCACCACGGACCCAUAAUCUCAAACCCCGUGACUUGAAUGUGCUCACACCCACUGGCUUCUAGAGCUAUUUCUAUUCCAGGGACUCUGGAUAGAGGGUGUCUUGUGUCAGCUCCCCUUUCACCUUGGCUCUGACAUAGGAAACAUUUUUUUUUUGAAACCUCUUAAACUGAGGCUAGAGCUGGAGACAUAAUUGGUUUUUGAGAAACAUCAGUGCAAAGCUUGUCCUUGUGUGGAAGAAGCCAUUUUGUAUUGCUUUAAUUUAAGGUUAGACUAAAUAAUCUCAGCAGUGAUGUAUGGGGGACCUCAUUACCUAUUUUUGUAUCAUUUACCCUAGAUAAGAACUUUGAUCAUUGCUUACUAGGUAAUAAUGUUUGUGUUGUUCCCAAACUGAGGCUUCUUGAUUCCUUUACUAUUGUCAACACGCGCAUGGACUAGUCAUGGAGUAGAGGUGUUCACUGACUAGUUUAGACAACUUUGGCCCUCUUCACUGUGCUGGUAUUGGGUGCUCUAGCCUUGUCAGUGAGGAGGACCUAAGAUCUGUUUGAGAUCUGGGUAGUUAAAAGCCAGACCUGGCAGGGGCCCCUCCUGCACUGAAGCUGGAGGCUCCGUGCUUCUUGGCAGACCUGCUGGACCGCUCGUCCUGUGGCCAGUUCCGACUGUGGUCCCCUCGGGCCAUGCUGUUGGAGGGAUGCUUCUCUUUUAUGGGUCACAGAACAAACAGUAGUCUUGCAUAUCUUGUGUUGCACUUUAACUCCAAUUUGGUUGAAAACUUCCUACAGAAGAAAAUUCAGUCUACUGGUUUGGUAUAGAUAAAUGGAUGUUAAACUUUUUUAAAGUAAAGAAGGUGGUAACUACAGUUAGAUUAUAGCCUUGAGGUCGAUGUGAAACUGAUGUCGUCCUAUUUUGAUUUCCUUGUUCAGGCCAGGGCCUGAAACUUUUUUCUGGGAGGUUGAAGAAUUAAAAAAUUUUCUGUAUGCAAUCAGUUUUCCCUAAAAUGAGCCUCCUACCUUUAUAAAUAUACUUUACUGAGGAAAUGAACUUGGGAAACCACCUUUUCAUUUCUCCUCACGGUGUACGUGUUCAGUCAUCAUCUUGAACACUCUCAAAUUCCUGCCAUUGUCUGCUUUGGACAGUAUCAUGUCGAUGUAAGGAGCUAAGCUAACCUUUCCACAGAGAGGACCUGGAGUCUAAAAUGAGCAGAACAGUUUAUUUAUUUGUCUUCUCUUAUGCUUGUAUCUCUUACUUGUUUUGACAAUAAAAAUCCUUACUACUUUCUCAAA